AAGAAGAAGACGACGACGCCUUUAGUUGACUCUGUUAUCGCCUGAUGGUCCUGCGAAUAAUAACAACCAAACGCUACUCUCCGUUCCACUGCCUUUAUGGACGAACGUUGUUUGACUAUUUCCCCGACGUUUUAGACGAAAUCUGGGUGUGAUUUUAAAACUCGUAUACGAUCAGUUGGGCAAAUUCACUGCGAGUCCGAGUUGAAGAUUUAAAAAUCAAACCGUUGAAUAUCAAACGCUAGGUUGGGUCGCGAGCUAUUCUCCUCUUACCCUUGGCUCUUUUUAACGUUCCCAGUUUUUAUUGAAUAGCUCGUUUUUCACUAAAAUAGCUUGGGAUUGGCUUAAAAGGAAUUUUUAAAACAUUUAUUAAAGGUGGCGCUGUUGAGUCAUGUCAGGAAUAGCUUUGAGUCGACUGUCACAGGAGCGCAAAGCCUGGAGGAAAGAUCAUCCUUUUGGUUUUGUGGCUGUACCCACCAAAAACCCAGAUGGCACUAUGAAUCUCAUGAACUGGGAGUGUGCUAUACCUGGAAAAAAGGGGACUCUUUGGGAGGGAGGCUUGUACAAACUGAGAAUGCUCUUCAAGGAUGAUUACCCGUCUUCACCACCCAAAUGCAAGUUUGAGCCUCCAAUCUUCCAUCCAAAUGUCUAUCCUUCAGGUACAGUGUGUCUGUCCAUACUGGAGGAAGAGAAGGAUUGGAGACCAGCCAUCACCAUCAAACAAAUUUUGUUGGGCAUCCAGGAGCUCCUUAAUGAGCCCAACAUUCAGGACCCAGCGCAGGCGGAGGCCUAUACGAUAUACUGUCAAAACAGGAUGGACUAUGAAAAGCGUGUGAGGGCACAAGCUAAGAGAUUCGCUCCUACAUAGAGCAGCAUGUGCACAAUCAAAAAAAUUCUGCACGGAUGUCAUUCUGAUACUCCAGAAUCCUUCACCACUCAAUAAAACCCCCAAAACUGCAGUUGUGAUUUGAAAUAAAGAUGUUCAAGUUGGCUUCAGCACAGAACUGAAUGAGAAUGGGUGCAAAACAAUUCUAAAAUGAAAGCAACCAAGACGAGUUAAUGUUGGCUGCUGAUCAUUGACCAGUGUUUUAUAUAGUGAUGGUAAAAGC